CAAUAAAUAUAAAUUAUUAUUCAUUCAUUCACUCACAUUCACUCUCAAAUGUCCAAAUUUUAGUUACUUCCAUGCCAUAGGCAUCGAUACGGAGAGAUGAAGAAUCACAGAUCCAAUUAAAGAGAGUGAGGCACACACGGAGAGAUAUCUACAGGGAGAGAGAUGGGGUGCACGUUUUCGGGGCUGAAUGCUCUAUACGACUCCGUUAACGGUGGAGGUGAUGUAUGGAUCAAUGAGAACAGGUUCAGGAUAGUGAGGCAGCUUGGGGAAGGUGGCUUCGCUUAUGUGUUCCUAGUCAAGGAGAUCUCCUCCGAAUCAGGUGUCGGUGCCGGUUCUGGUGGUCUAGCUAAGAAAGUCAAGGACCCAUCUCACCUCUCUGAUGAUGGCACAUAUGCAAUGAAGAAAGUUCUCAUUCAGAACAAUGAGCAAUUAGAGUUGGUGCGGGAAGAAAUUCGUGUCUCAUCACUCUUUAAUCACCCCAAUCUUCUCCCACUUCUGGGUCAUGCAAUCAUUGCGGUUAAGGCUACACAAGAGAGAUCUUGGAACCAUGAAGCAUAUUUGUUAUUUCCAGUUCAUUUGGAUGGAACAUUAAUGGACAAUUCCAAAGCAAUGAAAGAUAAGAAGGAGUUCUUUUCCACCUCGGAUGUUCUUCAAAUAUUUCGCCAGAGAAUCCUUUCACAGCUUUGUGCAGGACUUGAACAUAUGCAUGGUCUUGAUCCUCCAUAUGCACAUAAUGAUGUCAAACCUGGUAAUGUUCUUUUAACGCAUAGAAAAGGACAGCCGCCACUUGCAAUUUUGAUGGAUUUUGGGAGCAGUCGUCCUGCAAGGAGGCAAAUUCGCUCCCGUUCGGAGGCACUACAGUUGCAGGAAUGGGCGUCGGAGCAUUGUUCUGCAUCCUUCCGAGCUCCUGAGUUGUGGGAUUGCCCAAGCCAUGCUGAUAUUGACGAACGAACUGAUGUUUGGUCCCUAGGCUGCACUUUAUACGCAAUAAUGUAUGGGGUGUCUCCAUUUGAGUAUGCACUCGGAGAAUCUGGUGGAAGCCUGCAGCUGGCCAUUGUGAAUGCACAAAUUAAGUGGCCAGCAGCAGGACCUAAACCUCCAUAUCCUGAAGCUCUUCACCAGUUUGUGACAUGGAUGCUCCAGCCCCAGGGCACAGUUCGCCCUCGCAUAGAUGACAUCAUCAUUCAUGUUGACAAGUUGAUUGCAAAGUAUUCUGAGUGAGGUAAUAUAGAAAUGAGAAGGUUCAUUAGGAUGCAAUUGUCAGCGGCACGAAUUUCUAUUAUACUAGGCGAUACUGGAAAUGAUUGAAAUAGCAGGUCCGUGUUAUACAUAGGUGGAUCACCCUUUUGCUGUAGCUUUGGCAGUUAUGAGUUGGUUUACCAUUGUCAUAUUGGUUUUUUACAACUAUUUAUAUUUGUUCUCUGUACUUUCUUGAGCUUCAUAUCCAUUGUUCUCCGCAAUAAACGGAAGGGAAAUUUGUCAAUUGCCUUCAUAGUUGUAAAUUAUCGUGUAUUUUAUUAUCCCAGGAGGAAUAGUAUUAUGAUUGAUAUGAUGGAAUCCCAAAAGCUUUGGAAA